UUAAUCUGCAGGGGGCACCAGAACAUCAGCUAUGGAGUGGCUCGGAGAGGUACCAGUUGUAACAGUACUGGGCUGUCACUUGGAAAUAUACCUGCUCUGUGAAUAGAGAGGAGAGGCAGAAGUGUAGGAGCUAAAGGAGGAGUCAGUUGCUAUCAAUGAAAGUGGGAAAUAGAUGUGCUCUCCCUCUCAUUGCCACAAACACAUCCUCCUAAAGUACAACCGGAUUGCACAGAGCACCGAGGCAAAACACAGGAGCAUGGAGACAGCCGUCGUACGUAGCUCUCCUUAAAGACAUUACUUCUCUGGAGCCCAUCAAAGGAUUACUACCAUAGGGACGGCUGAUUUAUAAAUAUAUUGAUGCUUCGGGAGAGGAAAAUCUGAUUGUCAGUUCCAAGUCACCUGCUACAUUUUACCAUGAAUACCAGCAACGUCUUCUCUGUUCAGGCUGUCCUGGUGAACGCCACUCUGGACCCCAACGAGACACUUUUUCUCAACAACCUCAGCAGGAUGGGAUUCUGCGAGCAGGUCUUGAUAAAGACCGAGGUCUUUUUAACCCUUGGGAUCAUCAGCUUGCUGGAGAACAUCCUGGUGAUCCUCGCUAUCCUCAAAAACAAAAACCUCCACUCGCCCAUGUACUUUUUCCUCUGCAGCCUGGCCGUGGCUGAUAUGCUGGUCAGCGUGUCCAAUGCCCUGGAGACGAUUGUGAUCGCCAUUCAGAACAAGUACUUGAUCAUGGGGGACUACCUGCUGCAGCAUUUGGAUGACGUAUUUGACUCUAUGAUCUGCAUUUCUUUAGUAGCCUCCAUAUGUAACCUCUUGGUCAUUGCCAUCGACAGGUACAUCACCAUAUUUUACGCCCUGCGAUAUCACAGCAUUAUGACGGUGAAAAAAGCCAUCACCUUGAUCGUGGUCAUCUGGACUUCGUGCAUCAUUUGUGGCAUCGUGUUCAUUGUCUACUCCGAAAGCAAAACCGUCAUCGUGUGUCUCAUCACCAUGUUCUUCACCAUGUUGAUCCUCAUGGCCACCAUGUACGUGCACAUGUUUUUGUUUGCCCGGCUGCACGUGAAACGGAUCGCUGCCCUCCCAGUGGACGGCGUGGUCCAGCAACGCACGUGCAUGAAGGGAGCUAUCACCAUUACCAUACUCCUUGGAGUCUUUGUUGUCUGUUGGGCACCAUUCUUUCUCCACCUCAUCCUGAUCAUUUCAUGCCCCUCCAAUACAUAUUGUGUCUGCUACACGUCCUACUUCAACACAUACCUCAUACUGAUCAUGUGCAACUCAAUCAUCGACCCUCUCAUCUAUGCUUUCCGGAGUCUAGAGAUGCGGAAAACCUUCAAAGAAAUCAUAUGCUGCUAUGGCAUGAAUUUUGGGAAAUGUGGGUAGUGGUUAGAGCUUUUAAUAGGUGGGGGUAUUUGGCUAUUAAGCCAUAAAGACCUAUUUAUGGUUUGGGACGACCACUUUGCCCAAGAACUCUUCAUUGUAUGGAGCGUGCCAAUGGGAUUAAAACAUGCUGCACUUUGUAGUACAUAUAUUAUAUAUAAGGUAUCUGGGUAAUUAGACUUAACAAAGGUGAAAAACAAAUGUGAUCCAUCCAAUCUGUAUUAUUUGGGUGGGAUAAGGUCUUUAUUUUUUUAUAUAUUUGAAACAUGUCAACUAUAAAGGGCAGGAAAGAUGGAGUUAUUUACAGUAUUUUAAUUAUAUGAAUGGAGUUACAUGUAGUUUCUGACCCAGGUUAACACCAGCCCUCUCAAAGGGAAACUAUCAUGAAAUCAAAUGGAGUAAUGUGGACAAAUUCGGAACUUAUAAAGAGUUAAAUGUAACUUUGCUUUCUUUCUGCCAGGAUCUCAUGUCUUGUGAAUGCCAGACGUAACAUGAUUUAGGUCUCGCUGGGUCCUGCAGAGCCUCACUCGCCUUACACAACGUCUGUACAUUCAUAAACAUUCCGUUAUAAAAGGAAGCCGACCUUGAAAGAUCGUAGACACCGUGUAUAAACGGAGCAUCAUUUUAGUUGUCAGCUUGUGUGAAAUAGAAAAACUACAUUUAACUCUUUAUAAGGCUGAAAUUGUACAACAAAAAACAAUACUUUCCCAGAUACCCCAAACUAUCCCCCAAAAAGGCAUUUGUGGUUGUGUAUGUGUGUGUGUGUCACUAUAAAUGUAUUUUUUAUAUAGUGUGACUGGUAGUUUCAUGUAAAACACUGCUGGAUAGAAUGUUGCAGACAUCACCAAUAUCAGAUUUAAAUCAGCGGUGUAGCUUUAAAUUGCCCCCAACAAAUCAAGCUUGAAAAAAAGUGCCUCGUGUUUAUUAGGAUUAAUGGGGAUCUAGAAUGGGUUCGUUGACGUGAAAUGUGUGUGCUGUAAAUGCAAUGACCGAGUUCAGGGACCUUCCAGCGGAUGAGGUUCUCUUCUCAGAUACAGUAUGUGAUUCAAAUACUAAUGAGACAUAAAAGAUGUUGAGACCCACCGUCGAUCAAUUGCUACAGGCUAUACAAAGGGUUCAGCCUGUAGCAAUGAAACGGUUUGGUUGAUGUUGAUGUCUACUUUGAGCCAAUAAAAGCACUUGUGCAUUACAAAAAAUUGGACCGGUGUGCUACAGUAUCCUUGGAUAUUUCUAUGACUUAUUCUGACCCUCAGCAGGGGGUAUUAUAGACUGUUUAGCACAUGAAAAUGUUGGUAACAGGUGGAGCACUCUAAUUUAGUGUUUCAUGAUGAGACCUGAUAGGGAAUUUAUUUUAUGGUGGGACCUUAUUUCAAAACUGGACUUAAUUUGAUGAUGGAGCUGUAUUUCAUGAUGAGGCUAAAUGGCACGAUGGGACAAUUCAAGGUGGAACUUAAUGUCAUGAAUCAACCUGAUGGGAACUGAUUAUAUAAUGAGACAUUAUUUCAAAAUAGGUCUUUAUUUCUAGAUGAGACCUGAUGGGACUUUAUUUCAUGAUGAGACUUGAAGGGAUUUUAUUUAAUGGAACCUUAUUUCAUGAUGGGACUUCAUUCCAUGAUGGGACCUUAUUUUAUGAUGGGACUUUAUUCCAUGA